AUGGGUUGUUGUGGAUCAAAGAGUAUUCAAAAUGAUACGGAUCCACCAAUGCCAUUGCGAAUUUGCUUGCUUGGCCUUCCAGGUGUCGGCAAAACAUCAUUAGUAGAGUUUGUUGCAGGCGAAUAUGACCCACAUCUAAGGCCUAUUCCAACUCUUGGAGUUGUUGUAAGAUGUGUUAAAUAUAAAGAUCAGAAGUGUAUAUUUAUGGACUGUGGUGGAUCUUCAGGACACGAUGACGAUUAUGAUAAUUGUAUUAAACAAGCAAAUGCUGUAAUAUAUGUCAUGGAUCCGGUAUCUAUUCAUCACGGGUAUACUUUCACCAAACAAUUACUUGACAAAACUGCCGAAGAUGUUCGAAAUCAAAAAAUACCAGUUUUAUUUGCAAUGCUUAAAACACAGAAUGAAUCUAUUGUACCUAUGGUCGGAUCUUUAGUUGAUCAAUACUUUUAUAAUAGUGUUUAUAAAAUCAAAACACAUGCAUCAUUAAAUGACGGAUUUUCAGAAUCGUUUGACUGGCUAAUUGAAGCAGCUAAUAAUAUGAGACGAUAA